CACCUGUCCCCCCACUCUCUCUCUCUCUCUCUCAUUUGAUUUGAUUUCUUUCGGUUCAUCGGACAAAACCGAUGCAUUGCCGAUCUUCGUCCAAUUGGUUUCCGCAUCAUCUACCUGGAUAACUCCUCCCACUGUUUCAAAUUCCGAUGAGUACUUCCUCAAGAGAGAAACAUAUCAAGGCCAAACGGAGGCCUCGAUUGGUGAAAACCGAUACCGAUCAAACACAUGCAACGGAGAUGACGUCAAUAUCGAAUAACGUAACUGAAUCCGGAGCUGGGAUAUUGAAUUACGAACUCGACGACUUGACCCAGAAUUCAAGUCCCAGCCCUAAUCCCAAUUUCGACGAUAGUGGUUGGGGCUACUUUACCGAAGAGCAAUUGGAAGAAAUUCUAUUGAGUAAUUUGGACAGGUUGUACAAGGAGGCUGUUUCCAAACUUGUUUCUUUCGGUUAUGAUGAGGAUGUUGCUCUAGGAGUUAUAUUGAGGGGUGGGCAUUGUUGUGGAGGAAUGGAUGUGUUGACAAAUAUAUUGCACAACUCCUUGGCUUAUUUGAAUGGUGGGUGUGGUGGUAACAGUGGAAACUCUGAGGAGUCUGAGCCAUGUUUCAUUGAUUUGAGGCAGUUGGUGGAGUACUCCCUGGUGGCUAUGGUCUGUUUGUUACAGCAACUUAAGCCACAUUUGUCUAAAGGUGAAGCCCUGUGGUGUCUCCUAAUGGCUGAUCUUCAUGUGGGUAGAGCCGGUGCAAUGGAAAUUCCAGUUCUUCCCUCUGUUAGUAAUAAUGAGUGCACGCGUACUGGGCCUAGCAAUGUGGAUGGUGUCACUAGUAACCUCAUUGGGGUUGCUCCUGCAUUGUGUAGGUUUAAUCUAGGUUGGGGUUUUGGCAAUGGAGGUGCUUCUGAAUGUCCUAUAAGUGGGUUCUUGUCACAUCCAUCUGAGAUGAAUUUGCAGAGAGAUAUUGAUUGUCCAAAGAGGUUCAAUCUUACUCCUUCAAUGAAGUCUAUGUUGAAUAGGAAUGUUGAAAUGUUUGCAGCAGGCAUCAGGGCAAACCAAAAACAGUUUCAGAUUCAAUCUCAGACUUGCUCCAGUGGUUUUCCAACUGUGGAUUCAUCACCUGCAUCAGUAUCAGGGGUUGAAGUUUCAAGUGAGACGAAUGAGGAAAUCCCAGAUUUAAAGAACCAAGAUUCAACCAAUUCCUUAUCGAGCAAAUUUAGUGAUCUGAAUCUUGACAAUAAUAUUGAGUAUGUGCCAGAAGAUCAGAAAGAUGAGAUGAUUUUAAGCUUAAUUAAUCAGGUUGAGGAUCUUGAGAAACAAGUGAAGGAACAGAAGGAGUGGGCCCAACAGAAAGCAAUGCAAGCUGCAAGGAAGCUCAGCAAUGAUCUUAUAGAACUAAAGAUAUUAAGGAUGGAAAGGGAGGAGACUCAGCGACUGAAGAAAGGGAAGCAGACACUUGAGGGUGCUACUAUGAAACGGCUUUCAGAGAUGGAAAGUGCUCUGAGAAAGGCCAGUGGGCAAGUUGAACGUGCCAAUGCUGCUGUGAGGCAGCUUGAAAUUGAGAAUGCAGAAAUUCGAGCAGAGCUGGAGGCUUCUAAGUUAAGUGCAUCAGAGUCACUUAAAACUUGCUCAGAGGCUGUAAAGCGGGAGAAGAAGUCACGGAAGAGGCUUUUGUCUUUGGAGAAGCAGGAAACCAGGCUCCAGGAGGAAAUUGCAGCAGAGAAACAGAAAAUAUCGGAGUUGCAGCGACAUUUGGUUCAGAUUGAGGCAGCUCAAAAGGAGGCUAAGGUGAAGCUGAGGCAGGAGCGAAAGGGUAAAGAGCUAGCGUUGGCCGAACUGGAGGAGGAACGUCGUUGCAAGGAAACAACUGAGGCUAAUAAUAAGAGAAAUUAUGAGGCAUUGCAUGUAAAGAUUGAGAUAGACUUCCAGCGCCACAAAGAUGAUCUUCGAAGACUUGAGCAGGAACUGUCACAGCUUAAAGCCUCCAUGCAGUCCUCUGAGUUGCAUCAUCAUCCUAAUAGAAUAUCAAUGGAAAACUCUGAUGGGGAAAAGCUGCAGGGAGAAACUGUUGCCAGGCUUCUUCAUGAAUUGGAUAAAUUGGAAGAUUCUUCAGAUAAAGAAGUCAGUACUGAGAGGCAAUGCAUAUUUUGUAUGAAGGAUGAAGUUUCUGUUGUUUUUCUGCCAUGUGCUCAUCAAGUUGUGUGCGCUAACUGCAAUCGUGAUUAUGGGAAAAAGGGAAGAGCUAUAUGUCCGUGCUGCCGGGUUCCUAUUGAACAAAGAAUAUGUGUGUUUGGCACAACUUAGUCAUGCCACUGGGUUUAAAAAUGGCAUGCAGAGCAAAACUGUUUCAGAUAGACCAAAAUAUGUGGCUUCUCAAACUGUCUAGCUGUAAGAAGUAAGAACCCUGACUUUUGGUAUUUACCUUUUUCUAAUUAAACCAUAAUUGUGUCAGAGCAUAAUGUAAUGCAUGUAAAUAUGAAGCCUCAGGCUUGUGGAAUUGUCUUGAAUUGAAAUGACAACAAUCGUUGUUAAUUA